AUCCACCGAAAGUCGUCCGAGUCGCCUCAACGAGUCUCGAGGCUGCAGACGAAGGAGCUGCAACGAGGAAUUGGCGCUGUUUUCUUGCUGCUCCCAAGGAAGGCUGCCCUCCGCCUCCUUGUGAGAGCGAGCGACGUCGAGAAAUUUGCACGGUGCGGCGAAGCUGGCAUCCAUCGACGGCACAGAAUGGAACCCGAGGGCGAGGAGUGCUGAAUUCGAUCAUUGAGGGGCGGGGUCGGAGGUGCGUCAUUGAGGUGGCAGGCAGGCAGGCAGGCAGGCAGGCAGACGAGCAGCAGGCCCUUUGUGCAUAGAUAGAUAGAUAGGGUCAUGAUGAGGCUCGAGUGACGUGAAGCCCAGAAUGGAGGUGGAGGACGAGGCUCUUCUGCAAGUCUUGGGGCGCAAUUCUCACGCUUGAAAGGAAGAGGACGGGCAGAGCGGAGAGGUGGCAAUUGGCGAGUUAGGGUUAAACGAUCAUCAUGAAGAGCUAGCACGUCCUCGUUCUCGUCCUCGACCACCUCGAUGGAAGAGACCUGCGAAGCGCAACGCACUCUUUGACCGGAAAGGACGUGAGCGAGCGAGCAAACAUUCAUACUUCCGUUCAUUUGGUCGUCAUCUUUUGCACCGUCGGACUUCUGUCCGUCUGGCUCAACAACUGCGCACUCCUCCCUCGGAUGAUCAAAAUCAAGCUGCCGCGGGCUAUGGAGCCUCCACGCGAAAUUUCUCCACCGAAGUCGAAAUCACGAAGUAGGACGUCUGCGUCGGCAGCACCUGCUCCCGCUCCUGCGAACCCCAAGGCGUCCAAGGAUUUGACCCCUGUGAAACUGAAGGUUCAGGUGGUGACGAAGCGCCGGAGCGCACCGAGCUCUCAGCAGAGGAAGCAUCAGCAGCAGAUGCCCAGAGACGAGAAAUUCAUCCCCACCAGCGCUACCAUCACCACCUGCCAUGUGAGGGAAAGGUUAUCGAGACCGCCAGGCAUGAAAGUGCUCAAGCCAUCGUCUCGCAAGCGCGUCCCGGAGCCGGAAAGCGACGACGAGGACGACGAGGACUUGGAGCCCGAAUUCUCCGUUUCGGACGAGGAGCGCGAAGUUGUGAUAAAGAAUGCCAGAAAGAGAUUAGAGGAGCUGCUCGCCGAGACCACGUUUCUCGUGGACGAGUUGGAAAAGAUGGAGGACGACGUUCAAAGAUUGCAGGACGAGAAGGUGGCUCUGCUGGAAGAGUUGCUGGCAUGCGAAGGCCUUGCGGUGAAUCCCUAUCCUCCUUACCGACCUCUGACCAGGAAAAUCAAGCUCGUUAGGACCAAACUCUAGAAUAGCUUUAGUUAGUUAGCGUCCCGUCCGUGCUCCGAUGGGGUCGAUCUGGAAACUAGAAUCGAUGCAAAGCAUGCGGAUUAGACACGCUGCACUGGGCUCGAGGAACUCAGCUCGCUGCCAAUAAUUUCCACAUCAGGUCCUUGUACAAGUAGCGGAGUUUGUUAGUCGUUCAAUUCUCGCCGUGUUCAGCGCCUUGACAGGCUCUAUUGUUUCUUUGCUCGCCCGCGGGCUGCAUCUCCUGUCGCAGCGGGUGCAGAAUGCCAUGCGAGUUCAUUUCUGUAACUUUACACACCGUUCUCGGUUGCUGGGUCCGAUUUGACUCCCUUCAGCAGUCGAAAUGCAUCCCAUCUUGCGGGUUUUCAUUCU